CUUUUGUCUGUGUAUGCCGUUUUUGGUUGUGUUUUUUUUUUUUUUAAUAUAAAAGGAAGUUGAGGUCGCCCUUUGACUUAUUUAGGCAACAGAGUGUAAACAUUUGCAACCCCAGCAGAAAUGAAAGCACGGAUUGGUUAGGGAGUGCUGCAGAGAUUUGCUCUGCCUUUCAUAAUACUCUAGAGAGGAAAUGGUUAGUUCCUGGACAUAGCUGUUUUUCUUUAAUAGAUUUCUACACCAAGUUGAUUUUUGGAUUCUUUCUUCUCCAUCAGUGCUCUUCUGAUAAGUGGCAGAGCAAUGUAUCUGACGGUGUGCUUAGUGCUCCUGGCUGGUGCUUUAGUAAAGGCUUCUCCCAGUGCCGGCGAUGUCGUACAUCUUAAAUUACAGUUGAAGGAUAGGAGUAAAUCUGUCUUAAAUCCAAGGUUUCUCUCUGUGACUAUUGAUGCUAGUCUUGCUUCGGAGCCCAAAUACAUUGCAUUUCUAGGGUCUCAAAAGCUAAUCACUUUAGCCAAAGGGUUAUCCCCAGCAUAUCUGAGAUUUGGAGGAACAAAAUCCGACUUUCUGAUAUUUGACCCACGGAAAAAUGGAUCGCUUGAAGAAACUGUUUAUAGGGACCAAAAACCAAACCAAGUGGCUGAUUUAUGCGAAGGAAUCCUACCCGUGGAUGUGUUGCAGAAGCUGAAAUCUCAGUGGCCUUCACAAGAAGAUCAAAUCUUGAAGGAGUUUUUUCAGGAAGAAUACAGAAACGCCACUAUCACAACAACUACUAUGGAUCUGCUGUACAGGUUUGCACACUGCUCAGGAUUAAAUCUUAUUUUUGGAUUAAAUGCUUUACUGAGAAAAGGAAACCAUGAAUGGAACAGCUCAAAUGCCAAGUUACUGCUAGAUUACUGUUCCUCUAAGAAGUAUAACGUGUCCUGGGAACUUGGCAAUGAACCCAACAGCUUCAGAAAGAAAUCUGGAGUUUAUAUUGAUGGAUCUCAACUUGGCAAAGAUUUUGUCGAUUUACAUAACCUCCUUCUCAAGUACAGUAGCUACAGGAACACUGGGCUUUUUGGUCCUGACAUUGGCCAGCCUAAAAAACAGUCCCAAAAGAUGCUAAAGAGAUUUUUAACUUAUGGGGGUAAAAUCAUUAAUUCAGUUACCUGGCAUCACUAUUAUGUUGACGGCCGAACUGCAUCUGAGAGGGACUUUCUCAGUCCAGAUAUAUUGGACUCCCUCAUCUCAGAGAUAACCACUGUGUUCAAGAUUGUAAAUGAAACUGUUCCUGGGAAACUCAUAUGGUUGGGAGAAACCAGUUCGGCAUACGGCGGUGGAGCACGUGGAUUGUCCAACACAUACAUAGAUGGCUUCAUGUGGCUGGAUAAACUAGGAAUAUCCGCUAAACUAGGAAUUAAUGUGGUGAUGAGGCAAGCAUUAUUUGGAGCGGGAUCGUAUAAUCUUGUGGAUUCCGAUUUUGAGCCUUUACCAGAUUAUUGGCUGUCGCUGCUGUUUAAGAAACUAGUUGGAAACAUUGUUCUGGAUGCCAGUUUCAAAAGUUCUGAGAAUAGAGAUGACCGAAGGCUUCGCGUUUACAUGCAUUGCACAAACAGUGACAACCCAAAUUACGCACUGGGAGAUGUUACUCUAUUUGCCAUUAACUUAUACAACAGUACGCAGAUCAUGACCCUACCAAGCAUUUUAUCCCAAAAGUUUGUAGAUGAAUACCUGCUGUUACCUGGAGAUGACGAAGGACUGUUUUCUGCGUCUGUCCUCUUGAAUGGCCAAGUUUUGAAGAUGGUGGAUGACAAAGUACUUCCAACAUUAAAUGGGAAAUUGCUGGACCCUGGCUCACCACUAGUUCUUCCUCCUCUCAGCUUUGGCUUCUUUGUUGUGAAGAAUGCUAAAGCUAGUGCAUGUCUGUAAACAUUUACAGGGAACUGUCUCUAACCUUACUAGGUGCCUUUGUAUUAGAAACUUAUGACGAAAUCACAUUGAUGUAUUUAUUCUCACCUGGUGCCAUCCAGAUAAUAAGUACUGGCAUUUAAGCUUCAAGACUGGAGAAAAUAAUGCACAUAUUGCUCAAAUUUGUGGCACUAAACAAAAAAUAUGACAAUCAGGGAAUGUAUUUGCUGCUAAAGUGUAAAAUGGGUCAAAGACAACAUGUCAUCUUCAUUGUCUGAACAGGGACUUUGUACAGCUGCUGUAUAAACGUCAUUAAUAUUUAUAAAAGUAAAGAAAGCUUCAAACUGAUAAUAUUACUAAUUA